UCGUGUUUACAUCAGCAUUUGAGCAUUGAAUACCGGUCUCACAGGUUUUGGAGUGGUAGCUAUAUUAGCCCUGAAGCAUCUGACCCCUAGCCUCUCCUUUCUGUGAGAAGGGCGAUCACAUCUACUGGAUUGUAUUGUCCUUAUUUUACUGUUUGGAUCAUGGAGUACGCCAGAGAAUAUGCCAGUGCGCUGUCGCCUAGAUCUCUAAUGAGGUCAGUUUCAUCAGUGGGUUCCUCCAUCAGCAGACGGGUCCUCUUCCCUGCUGAAGCACCAUUGCGCCCCUUCAGAGUGUGUACCCACAAUCGCAGCAGCAGGAAAGGAGUGGUGGCCAGGACUUUGGAUGAUCUCAUCACUAAGGCAUGCCAUGCUCUUUUGCUUACUUCAGAAGUAGUCACGCUGGUGUUGGAAGAGGAUGGCACUGCGGUUGAAAACGAGGAAUUCUUUCAGUCCCUGGAAACCAACACUGGGUUUAUGGUGCUUGAAGAAGGGCAAAGAUGGACACAGGCUAAGGGUGUCUCGGGUGGUAGACGUUCUAACAAAAAAGGAAUAGCCAAACUCACAUUUGACCUGUACAAAUUGAACCCCAAGGACUUCAUUGGGUGUCUCAACAUCAAAGCAACAUUUUAUGAGAUGUAUACAAUGUCAUACGACAUUAAAUGUAUGGGAGCAAAACAUGUGCUGAAGAAGAUGCUUCGUUGCCUGUCAUAUGCUGCCCAGGUUGCUGGCCAGUUCCUUUUGUAUGGUUCCACUUACGUGCUGCAGUAUACCGGAGAAGGGGAGGAAGCUGGCUCUUUCCGAAACCCACAGCGCCCUGCUGAUGACUGAAAUCCCUGAUGGGACCAGUGCCUGGAACCUUCUCUAGUAUGCUACGCUGUGAAUAGGUUGGUCCAGUGGUGUACCCUUGAUGAUACUGGGUUAGCACAAUAGCUACUGUACGUUAGAAAGUAACCUUCUAGCCUUUGGUAAAUAUAUGUUUUUCACAGUCUGUUCAGUAAACAUGUUCAUGAUAACUGUUUUUAGCCAUGAUUGUAUUUAUCUUUUGGAUCUAAAGGAAUUCAGUUAUUAUUUAUAUACAUGUAUUGUUGAACUGAAGUCCUUUUUUUACUCUGCCCUUUAGUCUGUUCUUGUGCUGUGACAAUCAGCUUUUCUCAUUCAUUUUAGGAUGGCAUCUUCUUUACCUUAUGUAGCUGCUCUGUUUUUAUUUAACCAACAAAAAAAGUCAGAUGGGUAUUUCAGAUCUCUAACUGUUUGAAAGGGUCAUUUUUAGCCCUUUUAUUAGCACAAAUCUUUUUUUAUUAGUAGUGUUUCUAUGACCAUCCGUAGAAAAUUUUACAAAAGUAAUGUAAAACACCAUGACAUGUCAAGCAAGACUGACCUUGACAUUACUUGAUUAUCUAUGACUGUACAAUACCUCAUUAGUGAAUACCCAUCCCUUUUGCAUGGGCAUCAGUCUUCACUUACAGUGCACUGGUCUUUCGUGCAUUCAUAUGGAAAGAAUGAUUAUUAUAAUGUAAAAAAAUAACAAUGUAAGCAUCAUAGUAAAAGCUGUGUGUAUAAAGUAAUCAUUGAAAAAGUAUGUUAGAAUCCAUGUUUAACUGUUGUACUGUGCCAUUUUGUAUAGAACAAUGUUUACCAAUAAAACAAGCUGUUUUUA